UGGGGUUUGCCUUUGGUACGACCCUUGAUCAUGACCGUGCAGUACUAUGGUAUGCGCAACCGUGAUACGACCCCGCCAGUCUCACAUCGGAGCACAGGAAUGAUACAGUAAGAAGACUCUCUCGCUCCACAGGACAUGGCGAAAUAAUGAUCUGGACCGCCCCCGGAUUGUUUCGAGAUGUCACCAAACUUCUGUUUACCUCAUAGUGUCCCCUGCCCCGCAGGUGGCAAGCGGCCUUCGUCGGCUUUGAGCACUUGUCGAAGCCACAAAUUCGCCAUUGGAAGGUUCGAAACUUCGAAAAAUGCUUCCACGGCAUGGAUCUUUGUUGUAUUCGAGAGAGAGAGAACCAUAUUUGAACGUUCACGAAGUCCGUUUAAAGUUCUGGGUCUACUAACAAGCGCGAACUCAAUCGGUGACUGGGGGCUGGCUGGAAAUUCACUUGUGACCAGUUGCAGCCUCGACACGCCUUGCAUGCGCCAAUGUAACCUUUUCAAUAUCCGGCAUCCAUUUGCUGGCAAUAAAAACUCUGUUGUGUUACCACGCGGCUCCAGAAGUGAAGAGGAAGUUCUCCCAGAUGUUUGCGUGCGUCAACGAGGUCCGCCAAGACGCGUCGAUCUUGGAUUCUUGGCUCGUUUACUGUUUCUGUUUUCACAAGUUAGCAAUUGUAUCAAAGAUUGGAAGGAAAACUGUAUUUAUGUACUCGAAGAAGAAUUUUUGCAGUCUUUAUGUAAGAUGAAACUGGCAUUUUCCGUCCCUGACCUCCACAAUUAGUGACAAAUUCAGCUUAGAUCUUCUCUACUCUGGUUUCAAGCUGUUUUCUCAUAGCAGACAAGCUCAUAACACACACUGUGAGAAACGAUGGGAUAUUGAGCUUUUUCGCCGUGAGGAGAAUGGCGAGUAC